AUGGAUGAUAUACCACCGCUAUUCAUUCCAAUUGAUAUUAGUGAAGACGAUGAUUCUUCCUCGAGCGAUAGUAGUUUAAUUUUUUUUUUCCAAAAUCUUAUUAACGAAGCCGCUGAACUGGAAGACAUGGGCACUUCUAGAAAAAGGAAACCUGUCCGUCGAGAUCGAGUGAAAUGUCACGAAAACCUUAUGAGAUAUUAUUUUAUCGAGGAGCCCGUAUUCAACGAAGAGGAUUUUCGUCAAAGGUUUCGUAUGUCGAAAAGGUUGUUUUUAAAAAUUUUGAGUGACGUGCAAGCGAAUAACUCGUGGUUUCAAGACACCGUGGAUGCGAGUUUGAAGAAGAGUUUUACACCGAUGCAAAAAGUUACUUCGGCGAUUAAGCAGCUAGCAACCGGUAACGCUCCAGACAAGUUCGACGAGUAUUUGAAUAUGUCCGAAAGGACUUCCCGAGAAAGUCUAGAAAAUUUUUGCGAAACAGUAUGUAAUUUAUACGCUUCCGAGUUUUUACGUAGACCUACUAGCCACGACGUUGCGCUCUUGUACCAAGCUCAUGAGGAGAAACAUCACCUUCCUGGGAUGCUGGGUAGUCUUGAUUGUACAAAUUUUGUUUGGAGAAUGUGUCCAACGGAGUCGCGGGGUCAAUAUAUGAGGGGGGUCACAGUCACCCGACAGUUAUGCUCGAAGCGGUGGCCUCUCAGGAUUUGUGGAUUUGGCAUGCUUUUUGUGGUCCACCAAGUUCACAAAACGACAUCAACGUGCUCCAACAAUCUCCGUUAUUUCUUACUGGACGAAAUGGAACUGCACCAAAAUGCCCAUUUUACGUGA